AUGGCAGAGGACCAAAGGAAGCUCUUGGAGCAGCUUAUGGGAAAGGAUGCCAUGAUAUCUCCUAUAGUGCGUCGACGGGAGCCUGAUUUGACAAGCCACAGAGUUUGCAAGAGCUUUCUUGUAGGAGUUUGUCCUCAUGAUCUAUUCGUGGGAACCAAGCAAGACCUUGGAAAAUGUCCUCAGCUUCAUCUUGAGAAGCACAAAAUGGAAUAUGAGUAUCGCAAAAAGCGAGGCGAGAAGUUCCCCGAAUUUGAGUACGAGUAUUUCAGGCAUCUUCAAAAAUACAUCAAUGAGCUCGAUCGCAACACAGAAAUAGCAUUAAGACGAUUGGAACACACUCCAGAAGAAAAGGCAAAGAUCGCCGAGGUUACCAAGGAACUAGAGAACCUCGAUAUAAGAAUUGGACUUUUGACGCAAGAAAUCGAUUGUUUGGUGCAAAAUGGUGAGAUCAAUAUGGGUUUACAAGAAACAGCCCGUCUCAACGUACUAUGUAAAAAGAGAGAAGAAGUGGCUGAAUCGGCCCGUCAUAUAGCCGAAAAUAUGGGGCAGUCCGCUCAGCAGAAACUUCAAGUAUGUGAGGGAUGUGGUGCAUACUUGUCGAGACUCGAUAGCGACCGACGGCUAGCCGACCAUUUCAUUGGUAAAACUCAUUUGGGAUACGUCCAGAUGAGAGCUGCAUACGACGAAUUACGGGAUAGAAGACGGAGGGCUGUAUAA